AUGCACCCAUCUGAACCCGGCUCCCUACAGGAUGACAAGGGUGAGGAGCAAGAGAAUGAUCACAGCGUCAACGAGCAGGCUCCUCUUCGACCUCGCACACACACCCGCUCCCUCCUCGAUAGCAUUCGCUCCUCGCCCCGCUCGCUCUGUCUCCUUCGGAAUACCAAUCCCUCCGGCUCAUCAGCACCUCCGACUCGCCAAUCCCAGCGACUCGCCAGCCCCUCCGACCACGGCGAGAUUGUCACGCUAGAGUCACGUGCACUGGUCUCAUGCCUAUCGCCAGGCGGACAGAGCCGCCGACAGUGCCCUGGCAGAAAUGGCGACACGAGGAAAGUGGCAACAACACAAGGAGCCGCCAGAACAGAGAAGACGGGGGCAUGGCAUACGGCAGAAAGCGCUGUAAAAGCAGGAGAAAAGCUGGCCAAAGAUCAUCGGACAGGGAAUGGAUACGAGGAUAAGAGCGGAAAUGAGGGUGCCAGUGGAACCGAGGAUGAGAGUAGAUACAAGCAAGACCCAGACGCUGACGGCGGUGGAGCCGGCUGGCCUACAGUUCUAUCCGCGGAAUCUACGCCAGCAGAUGCAAGCCGGAGCCAAUUACACCCUAAGCAAGAGGCCAGCCAGAACGCCGAGUUGCAGUCCCGCGAGAUACGUGACGAGCAACGAUUCGAGAAGCGAGGCACCAAGCAUUAA